AUGAUUUUUCCAGCUGGAUCUCCAAUAUCUUCUGUCUUUCCAUGCAGACUCAAUCGUCGUUUGGGAGUCUCGAUGGGUUCAUCUAUGCCUACUCAAACUUUCAGAGCGUUUCAGACCUUCUUGAACUUCUUUAUCCCUAUUUUGUCGCCUUCAAUGGCUUUCUGGCAACAGGGGCAGUUUUGGCAUUGGCAGCAGCACCGCCAUACGCGGUGUACUUGGGCUUCUUCUCGGCAGGUUUCAGGAUUUGGAAUGAACACAGCAGACUCUCGUCUACGCUCAUCAUGGCACCCGCGUUAUCAAACUCACCACAGUAGUUAG